CCUCACAACCAGAUUGCAGGCUCUUUCUACAAACUUGCUAAUACUGUGUUUCUUUGCAGAGUGGAAAGUGGCUAUUGCUCACAUGUCAAAGGAUGGCACGGUCACGGUCUAGAUCCCCUAGGUGGAAACACAGGUCUAUAUCACCAGUAUCUAGAAGUUCUGAACACUGCAGGCAAAGACAUUCUCAUGGGCAUUAUGACAGUGAAUAUAGGAAGGAUCCAAAGAGACCUGUUGAUUGGAGAAUGGACAGUGAAAAAUAUGAGAAACAUGGACAGAGUAAACCAAGGAUUCCUUCUCGUGGAAAUCUAGAGUACCGAUCUUAUGAACAUAUACCACCUUCACCAAAUAUAAGAAGAAAUUCUUUAGAAAAUUCAUAUACUUAUAAGCCUAACCGAGCAUAUUUAUCAGGAAGAGGGGAGGGUAAUAGAAGAUUUCAGUACAUGCCCAAAUAUUCAGAAGGUGUACCCUACAAAGAACAUGAGAGGGAUUAUUUUCCACAGAAAAUACAAGGAAGAUACAAUCCUGAUGACUACAGAGUUAGAGGAAGUGGAAAAGGAGAGAAACCACCACAGAGGUCAAUAGCAGAUUCUUUUAGAUUUGAAGGAAAGUGGAAUGAAGAUGAGUUGAGGUACCAGAGGAUACAAGAAGAAUAUUCUCAGUCACCUAGAAGAGGCAUUGAAGACUUUGGCACAAGGAGCUCUUUUCAAAAGAGGUAUCCUGAGGAUCGUGAUUUCAGAAAAUAUGAACACCCAUCAAAAAGACCUAAAGAUGUGGAGAGGUAUGAAAUCAGAGAGCCUACCAGGAACCCAGAGUGGAAGCCUGAGCAUUCUCUUCCAUCUUACCAAGAAAAAAAUGAUCAGAGGAACUUUGGACCUGAGUAUUAUCGACAUGCUGAAAGAGAAUACUGCGAGACAAGUUCAGGAACCAAGAUAUCCUUUGACUAUCGCUACAGACAUUGUAAGCCCUCAGACGGGAACCAGAACUUUUCUGAUGAAGGAACUCAAAAGUACUCUAAAGAAGGACAUAGAAAAUGCUGUUCUCAGAAAGGCCCUGUACAUAGAGAAUCGGUUUGUUUUAAUGCUGGAAGAGGGAGACAGACUGAAGAUGGGCUAGUCAAAGACCCUCUUAAGCAAUCUGAAAAAGAUUGCAUUGCCUUUACUCAUUCAAAUAAAAAUGAUGUUGAUUUGACACCUUUUAAUUACAAACAGAAGGGAAAAAUAAGGAAAGAAGAUUUCAGAAAAGAGAGCAAUCUUUCCAGUAACCAAGUUGAUAAAAGUCAAAAACUUUCAGAUGUGAAACCCUCAUCUGUCAGUCAUAGGAAGAAAUCACUUACAAUUAAACUAGAUGUGAAGAAAACAGUAGAUGCAUUCAGGUAUUAUCUUUGUUUUUUCUUUAUGAUAUUUAAUAAAUGUUUCUGUCACCUUUAUUUUCAGCUUUGAAAAUGGAAUUCAUAUUGUUUUUAAAAUCUAUUGAAGUGGAGAAAUUGCCUGGAUUUUUCAA